AUGAAGGAUAAAAGGGAUGUUGUGAGUCAACUACACGCACGAAUAAAAAGAAAACGAUCCGAGGUUCACGAGUAUCUUAACUCUCAAUUUUACGACCGAUGCCGCAAUAUAUUACUGCUUGUUGAAAAAAUAGACGCAGACGAGUACUUUAAGAAGAAUCCGUCAUCCCUACCGGAAUACUCUCUUUAUGUCCAACGCCCCAUGUACUGGGAUUGCAUCCGAAAGAAGCUUAGCAGUUAUAAUUACAAAUCGUUUUCUGAAUUCAUAGAAGAUAUGCGCCUGGUGAUCAACAACGGUUAUGCUUACAAUGGUUUCACAUCAGCUGUUUCUCCCAUUUGCAGGGAUAUGGAGCUGGCUAUGGAAGAUUUAUUCAUCAAAGAGUUAAACGCGGCACCACCAAAUAUUAGUGAGCUUAGAAGAAUGGGCACUAAGCUGAAUCCUGAUAUUUCAAAGGAAAUAUGGAGAACAAUUUGCUUUUAUGAGAGAAGGGACGAAAAGGCAGCAGGAACUAAGGCUUCAAUUUCCUUGGCGAAGUGUCGAACUGCCACCCUGUGGAGAAUACGAGAAAUCAUGGAGUGUGUAGGCAAACAGAAAAAAGCAAAGCAGCCGGUACGAGAAAAUGGGACUAAGAGACUGCCUUCCGCAACUACUAAAGAGCCGGUGCAGUUUCAGCGACCGACUUUGAACGAGGCUACUACUAUCUCACAGGUGUAUGAAAAAGAAAAAACUAUUAAAGAAGAUAGUCCAACCCCAACGCUGGAGCGAGUUCCACAAAAUGCUCGAUCCGGCAACUUCACUGUCCGCGAAAUUAGUCCGAUACGUAUGGAGGAUGAAGGCAUAUCUAGCGAUGAGUAUAAUGCAAAAGACUCACCUACCUUUGAGCCAGAAUAAAGAAGUUUAACGAAAUAUCGCAUACUGAGGUCAAUAUUACAUAUAUAUAUAUUUAUCUAAUGUAUAUAUAGAUAAAUAGAUGGAUAGAUAGGUAGAUAUGUAUAUAUAUAUAUAUAUAUAUAUAUGCAUAUAUAUUGUUACAGAGUGAUCUGUAUCGUUACUUGGGGUAUGAAGCAAGACACAAAUUUCCCUACGCCGUUAAGGGGAGACUCCGUUGGCAUGCAUCCAAUCUUCACCUUUUCACUUUUCCUACAAUGUUUCUUUCGUUGGCAUCAGAUCAUGACAUGAAAUGCUAGGAGCAUAUGAAUCUGUGUACGCAAUACUUAGGAAGCUAUUCCUGCGUUUUAACUAAACCAUUGGAAGCCAACGGGCUCAUGGGUGAUUACCUAAAAGGGCUUCCAACCUGGUGGUGUAAUGCAUUUCUCCUUACGUCUAGCUUACCACAUUCUUAUGAUUUGGUAAUAAG